GGGGCGCGAGCGGUGUGGGUGUGCUCGUGCCCGCGCGCUCGCGCCUGGCGUGUGGGCGGCGGCGCGCCCGUGCGCGCGCAGGGGAAAGGCCAGCCCAGGCGGCCGUUGCGGGGUUCGGCUGGAGGGGCGGGGGAGUCACCUGCGAGCGGCUGCGCCGGCCGGCCGCCCGUCCUUCGCGACCAGAUCUGGCCGGCUGCGCGGUACCGCGCCGCACACACCCUGGGAGGCCGGGGCGGGGGAGCCGGCAGAGUCCGCGCCCGGCGCCCGGGACGAGGAGGAGUCGGACUUUCGUCGCCGCCGCCCGCGCCUGGCCGGGCUAUCAGCAAACGAUGGUGGAUCGCUUGGCAAACAGUGAAGCAAAUACCAGACGUAUAAAUAUAGUAGAACACUGUUUUGGAGCAGCUGGUCAACCUUUAACUAUACCUGGACGGGUUCUUAUUGGAGAAGGAGUAUUGACUAAGUUAUGCAGAAAAAAGCCCAAAGCAAGGCAGUUUUUCUUAUUUAAUGAUAUUCUUGUAUAUGGCAAUAUUGUCAUCCAGAAGAAAAAAUAUAACAAACAACAUAUUAUUCCCCUGGAAAAUGUCACUAUUGAUUCCAUCAAAGAUGAGGGAGACUUGAGGAAUGGAUGGCUUAUCAAGACGCCAACUAAAUCAUUUGCAGUUUAUGCUGCCACUGCCACUGAGAAAUCAGAAUGGAUGAAUCACAUAAAUAAAUGUGUUACUGAUUUACUCUCCAAAAGUGGGAAGACACCCAGUAAUGAACAUGCUGCUGUCUGGGUUCCUGACUCUGAGGCAACUGUAUGUAUGCGUUGUCAGAAAGCAAAAUUCACACCUGUUAAUCGUCGUCACCAUUGCCGCAAAUGUGGUUUUGUUGUCUGUGGGCCCUGCUCUGAAAAGAGAUUUCUUCUUCCCAGCCAGUCCUCUAAGCCUGUGCGGAUUUGUGACUUCUGCUAUGACCUGCUUUCUACUGGGGACAUGGCCGCAUGCCAGCCUCCUAGAUCAGACACUUACAGUCAAUCAUUGAAGUCUCCUUUAAAUGAUGUAUCUGAUGAUGAUGAUGACGAUGAUAGCAGUGACUAAGGACAUGUUUGAAAUAUUUAAUCGGGUGUGACUAUCUGAGAAAUCAGCUUUGGGGGGAAUGUAAAAUUCUGAGCUCUCUCAGUUUUGCUCUAGCCAUGAAUUUGCCUGAGAAACUUUUAACCUAUGUGCCUCAGUAUAUUCUAUAGAAAAUAGGUCCUGUCGUUGUCCCCUUCCCACCAGCUCCCCACUCUUCUACAGGGACAGGCUAUUGAAAAUAUAUCAGGUAAAUUUUUGGUUUCUUAUUCUUGUUUAAUUCUAGAUUAUUUUCUUGGAAUGUUGGGGAAAAGGUUUAUUUAACAGAUCAUGUACUGCAUUUUUGUUUAUUAUAUGUUCUGUUAUAUGGAAAAACUAAAAGCAAAGAAUGAUGGAAAAAGGAGUAUAAUGUGGUUAGUUGAUGAUUAUGUUAGCUUUUUUUAAACCUUCCUAUCUAAUGUUUAAGACACCAGUAACAAAAAUACAUGAUUUGGAAAUCUUUUGUUUGGCUUUUUCAAUACCAAGUGGUGCCUUAUCGUAAUAGCACUGUUACAUGAAAUAGGCCCCUACCUUCUCACUUUUUAGUUUAUUUUAAAAAUACACUGGUGCUGUUUAAGAUGACAAAAUGAGUGUUUUUGAAUGGAUGUAAUUAAAAAAUACUUCUCAUCCAACAGAUACAAAUAACUACAUUUAGAGAUUCUUUAUUGUAUAUGAGUAAAUAUUUUCCAUAAAAUAGUUGUGAUAUUUUUAUGUUUUAUAGUUACCAAAUUAUAAUUGUCAAAUAUGUAUUUUAAAUUAAUAGGUUGUCAUUACUAGGAAUUUGGCUUGAAAUUUAUCAAAUAUAGAAUGGUCAUACUGCAUUAGUUUGUACUUUUAGUAAGACAUUAGUAGGUACAAAUUCAUCUGCUUUAAUUUUAUUUCUAAAAUGAAAACUCUUAUAAAACCCUUGAAAUUAAAUAAUCUCUUUUAAAAAAAUACCAUGAUAGAGUACAGAUCUACUUAGGCUGAAUUUUUGAAAGAAAGACUGUCUAAGAAUGGUCAAGACAGACCAGUUAAGUUUGACUAGACUUCAUAUUGGUGGAAGUAUUGUCUAUUUGAGUGUGAAACUAUCUUGAAUUUACAAAUAUAGUGUUAUAUUUUAUAAAAUUUUGUAAAGUCCCAAACAAUAUUUCUAUUUUUGUAAAACAGUUAUAUGUUUAAUCUGUUUCUGAAAUCAUUUUACAGUCUAUGGAAAUAGAGUAGCAAUUGAUCUUUCUAAAUUGUGAGGCAGUGUAGAUUGCUUAUGAGAAGUGGUAAUUUUUCAGUCUUUGCUUUUGAGGCAGCCAUUAGGUUGAAGGUAUAUUUAUCAUAUAAAACUUGAUGCAUUUUGCACUACUCUCCAUUUGUAUGCUGCAAAUAACUAAAGUCUUUCAAAUAUGAAAAAUCAGUCUAAAGUUUGUUUUAAAUAUUCUUUUGUUUUCAAAUCUUUAAAUCUGGAUAUAUUGCAAAUGUCAUAAGAGGUUUGACUCAGUAACUUGUGAUGGAGGAUUCUUUGGUUUGCUUAAGGCAUUAACUUUCCUGUUGAAUUGUGAAAGCACCUGAGAUAUAUAGAUCUCCCUGUAGGAAAGAUGUAAGAAAGGCACAACAGGUUUUUUUAUUUGUUUGUUUAAUAUCGGACUUUUGUUUCUAAGCAAUAUAUACAUGUAAUCAUUCAACAUACCUGAAAAGGGCCAUGAAACCUGAGAAGUGCUAAUAGCAACUUUCUGGUGCAUAGGAACCACGGGGGAUGUUCUGAGAUAUUGUGUUGUCAACCUCUAUUGACUCGUGUUUUUACAAUAAAAAAUAUUUUACAAUUUA